AUGGACAAUCUCAAGGAUACCGUCCCUAAACCUUUGCUGCUGCUGUCGCUGCUGCCGUUUGCUACUGCUGCUGCUACGUACCCCGUGCACCUUCGGUCCGCCAUCACCAUGAGUCUCGCCACCGCUGUGACUGUGACAAUGUCGACAGAAGGAGAAAAUGGGAGGACGGCGCGCUUGUCCCAUAUCUUUGGGCGCCUACUAGAGCUUCAAAACUACGUCUGGGAUCCAGAGAUCGCGCCCUUUCACUCGUCAUACUCCAACUGGCAUAUAUUUGGGUACCAGAAGACUGCGCGAGACGAACGCCCGCUUUCCAGGGGAAGGAGCGCCGUCAUCACAUCCCCCACUACAUCACACUCGCCCGAUGCCAGCCGACCCUCGCUCACACGCAGCCACCGCUCCAACGGAAGCGAUGUGAGCGCAGCCACGGCAAAGGGGCUCCACCCACUGGCGACAACGACAGCGACAGAUCAGUGGCGCCAAGGCCGCCCCGUCGUGUGCCGCAUAUCACACCAAACGCUGCGUCUGGAGCGCGAGUUUCAGCUCUCAAAACUGGUAGUCAAGGAAUCAGAUCCAAAUUGUAGACAUUUUGUCCGCCCCAUAGAGUUUGUGCGCUUCACGACAAAGCCCGGCGAGGAGCCCUUGGCAGCCAGCAUAUUCGAGGCUCCAGGCCCAAAUUUCCUCAAUGAGCUUGUGACAUUCGGGCCCAAUUGGUACAAGUUCACCCAACACCAAAGCAAUUGGCAAUCUCACGCCUCGCAACGGAAGCCGAACCUGGGAGUCCCUCUCUUGACCUUUCUCGACUUUGCUGUCGGAGCCACAGAGUGCUUGGAGAUCCUGCACCAUGGACACGAAGUCGUGCAUGGAGAGUUGCGAGGGGAUGCCUUCCAUUUCGCGGAGAGUGGUAUGGUAAAAAUGAUCAAUUUCGGAAGUGGCGCCCGAUCCUUUGAAAAUGGCCUCACCUCUGCUGGAUGGAACACACUGAGCCGGGAGGUAGGCAUUGAAUUGAAGCUUGCAUUCAUUGCUCCAGAGCAAACAGGGCGUAUGCCAGCCGAACCAGACAGCCGAACUGAUAUCUACAGUCUCGGAAUCAUUUUCUAUACUAUGCUGUGUGGGACCACGCCAUUUGAUGGGCCCACCGCUUUGGACGUAAUGCAGAAUGUCAUCAGCAAAAGGAUCCCACCCGUCAGCUCUCAACGCAUCGAUGUCCCAGAAGCUCUUUCUCGGAUCAUACAAAGGAUGACCCAGCGUAACAUAGAAGACAGGUACCACUCAACCUCAGGGCUGAAGUCAGACCUCAUCCGUAUCCGCGAAUUACUCUGCGAGGGUGAUGUCCAGGCAUUGAAAGCAUUUCAAGUCGGCUCCAAAGAUAUCAACUGCUUUUUCAACUUACCUCUGAAGCAAAUCGGACGCGAGACUGAGCGGCAGAAAAUUGUCGAUAUCAUUGAGCGAGUCUCAAAGCACCGCCGGACCAGGCUCACAACAUUGAACAGUAUGAGCUCCAACUCCUCAUAUUCCGACCAGCGCCUAGAACUACAAUUUGACGAUAUUGUCUCGGACAGUACUAGCUCUUUAGGAUCAGAGAGUCGACCAAAUAGUGUUCCUACUAAUGGGACGCUGGAAGUUUGCCCGACCUCGCAGCAGCGUUCACAAGAAGGCACGAUUCUGUCAGACGAUUCAAGUACAGAGAAGACAUCUGGUAGUCGGCCUCCCCCUUUAACUUCGAAACGGGGACACUCCAACAACAGCCUCGAGGGUGCACUGACACAGUCCCGAUCCAACCAAUCCAUCAACCUGUCUACUGAAACCUUGGCUCUUCGCCAGACACCGAGUUCCCGAAGGUUGAGGCGCCAAUCUCGCUGCGAAAUCAUCGCAAUCGGUGGAUCCACUGGUCUGGGCAAGUCGCGCCUCAUCCAGAGUGUGCAAAGUGCGGCGAGGAGUACAGGAUACUUUGCCAUGGCAAAAUUUGAUUCUGCCAAAAAAGUUCCCUUUGAUCCCAUUGUGAAGAUCAUGUCGUCUUUGUUUCGGCAAAUCUUCAGUGAAGCAGAUGUCACCACUGACUUCCACAACAGCGUGCGCGGUCUUUUGAGAAAUUCAGGUGUGUGGACUGUACUCCGUGCCUAUCUCGAUUUACCCGAGUGGCUGCUCAAUACUGGAGGGAACCCAAAGACUCCACACCAAACAGACGUGGACCUUGCCAAGGAGAUGCAGCGGCGCGCUUCAUCACCUGCUAUCCAUUGUGGUAGUGCGGGACAUACUGCUGAUGCUUGGCUACGCAGCGGGGGCGCAUCGAAGUCGUCCAGGUUCAUGAGUGUGUUCAUUGACGUAUUGCGAUUGCUUACGAUGCAGAAAUUAUGUAUCUGGGCCCUCGAGGAUGUGCAAAACGCCGAUCCGGAGAGUGCGGAGUUAAUUCAACAUAUCGUCCGAGCAAAGAUUCCACUUAUUUUGAUCCUCACUCAUGUGGACGAAGAGACAUUGCCGCGCGAGUUGAGCCCCUUGUUGCGUAGUGCAACAAGAAUCCAAUUACUACCAUUCACCGAGGCCCAGACGGCGGAUUACGUGGCCGAGACGCUUCAUCGUGAUCAUCAAUAUAUACUUCCUCUUGUAGCUGUCGUCCAGGAGAAGAGUCGAGGCAAUCCUUUCUUUGUUCGGGAGAUACUUGAUGAGUGCUACAGGAAAAAAUGUGUCUUCUAUUCCUGGCGAGAGAACAACUGGCUUUUCGAUCUGGAUAGAGUAUUCGAGGUUUUUGCGGGCCCGGAAUACGGCUCAUCUGUCACAGGAGACUUCAUUACGAAACGUCUUUUUGAGCUGCCCUCUGACAGUCGCAAGCUUCUUGCGUGGGCGUCUCUACUUGGCGGGACCUUUUCCUUCGACUUCAUCAAGCAGGUCUUGGACCCGAAAGAACGAUGGCCACCCGAGGCCAAAAUCCCGGUUCUUGCCGAUGGGGAAAGCGCAAUAAAAGCGCUCAGUGGCGCGCUGGAUGCCUAUAUCUUGAUGCCAGCCGAACAAGAUGCUCGAUUUAGAUUCAGUCAUGAUCGGUACUUGGCUGCAGCUGCCAAUUCACUGGAGAAAGAGUGGGAUUCUCAAUUGAUGCACUACCUAAUAGCCAAGACAAUAACGUCUAACGAUGAUGACCGCGGCGAACCAGUGCUUGGAUCCAAAGCUCUGUACAUGCGCAGCCGCCACAUCUGCCUCGCAACCGAACUCAUCAAGACAAGAGAGACACAUCGUGCUCCGUUUCGAGACAUACUUUAUCAAGCUGGAGAGACCGCAUGCGAAUCUGGUGCGCGCUCUACAGGAAUAUAUUACUUUGUGCAUAGCCUAUCACUUUUGCAAGAUGAUCCAUGGGACGACUCACGGCCGGAUGUAUCCUACCAGGAGACGCUGCAAUUAUUUGUACGAUCUGCAGAAUGCUAUUGGCAUCAGGGUAUGCUCGAUGAAGCGCUCUCCCUCAUCCGCACCACGUUCAAGAACGCUCGCGAUCCCUGUGACAUGGCAAGCUCUUUCAUUUUGCAGUCUCGAGUGCUUGCGAUUAGGGGAGAUAGUUUCAGUGCCUUUCAAGCUCUUAAGGAUUGUCUGUCAUUGCUUGGAUCAUCUAUACCCCCUACCACCUGGGAAGAGUGUGACUUGGAGUUUCAAAGGAUAUACAAUGUUUUGCAAAACACCGACAUGGACCAGUUACUGAUGCCUCGACAACCCAGUUCACCACAGGGUAUUGAUCAAGACGAGCUAUCCAUGCGCUCCCAAUACAGUGCCUUACCGAUCCUUAGCACAGACGAUUCCCCUUUACAUCAACCGGCCGCCGACCGCAAACUGAUGACCAUUGGCUCAGUAUUUAUUGAACUACUGAGUGCUGCUUUCUGGUCGAACAGUCUGUUAUUUUAUCAGGGGACUCUCAAGUUGAUUAACAUACACCUUGAGCAAGGAAUAAUACCACAAAUUGCACUGGCAUAUUUGCAUCUCGGCACCAUCGCUGGAGGUCGUUUCAACAUGAUCAAAUUCGCCGUCGAAAUGGGAGCAAUGGCAAAACGUCUCUUCGCGAUGUUUCCCCAUGAGCACUAUACGCUUGGUCGCGGGCAAACUCUGCAGACUUUGUUCCUGGGACAUUUGGAAGCGCCUAUAGGGGACCUGCUACCAAGCUUGGAAGACGCUCUACAGUCAUCUCUCACUGUCGGUGAUCGCCUAUUGGCACUGCUUAAUCUUGGCACCCAAGCACAUUUGAGAGUUUUUGCUGGCCAUGAUGUGAUGGAGCUGGAAGCAUGGAUUGAAGAGAUAUCACUAGAAAUGCGAGAUUGGCAACAAGACAUGCACGGCGGUGUUUUCCUACUAGCAUGUCGUCAAUACGCACGAGCACUUCAAGGCAAGACUGGAGUCUCAUCUGGAGAGACCUCUUUCUCGGAUCACGAGCAUAAUGAAGAAGAGUACAUCAGGUUCUUGGAGCUGACAGCGAGUAAUCCGAAACGACCGAAGUCCAUCUACUUGGCUAUCAAACUUCCCGUAUUGGUUCUUUUUGGACAUAUAUCAGAUGCAGUUGCGCUUGGAGAGAUCCUACUCCCUAUGCUCAGUGGUCUUUGGUGCGAACGGCUGGUCUAUUCUGUCAAGUUUUAUCUUUCGAUUGCGUACGCAGCGACAAUACUGGAUAAACCCGAUCAUCCACGAAGAAAGGAGAUGAUACAGUUCGCGAAAGACACUGUAAAAUUACUAGAAGCGUGCUGCACUGUCACAGAUGUCAAUUAUAAGGGAUGGCUUCACUUGUUGAGAGCUAUGCUAGCAGAUAUCAACGUUGAUCCUCCUUCGGCAUUACAGAAUUACGAAGCAGCGAUGGAUCACAGCGAGAUGCAUGGAUUCGUCCUGGACGAAGCCUUCUCCCAUGAGCUGUAUGCAGAAUGGCUAGUUCAGAAGAAAGCCCAUCGGACUGCGCGACACUCGCUGAAAGAUUGCAUCUCAACAUACAGAAGGCUGUCAGCGCCGGGCAAAGCCGACCAUGUGGCGACGAAGUACGAGUGGCUUCUACGAGGUGGUGCUUCGCUCACCACGAUGGAUGCUGCUGUACAGACAACCAUCAUAGACACUGGAAAUAGCUCUUUCAAACUUGAGCGAAACGAUGACCAGGAACAAUUCCUCGGCGCCGAGACUGCUGUGGACAGGACCCAAAAUUGGAUUGGUCCUGAGAGUGGUAAACGACAUGAGUCUGCGCAAGACCUGCACAGCGGAUUCUCGGCUAUAGGUCUUGAUAUGCUGGAUCUAAGUUCUAUCUUGGAAUCGAGCCAAGUCUUGUCGAGCGAGCUCCAAGUAGACAACCUCAUGGCUAAGAUGGCUUCUAUCAUCUUGGAGUCGACUGGUGCCACGCUGUGCGGCAUUGUCAUUGAGGACUCUACAGUCGAAUGGAGUAUCGCAUGUAUAGCGACCAAUGAGCCGGACAAUGACAGCGGGAUUAUUUCAGGUGUUACUUCGUUCCCUGCAGCGCAACCUCUGAACACGGUCGAUGACGUGGUGGCCCGACAGGUGACGAUGUAUACAUUGCGUUUCCGGGAGACUGUCUUUGUGCAAAACCUCCUGGAAGACGAUCGCUUCUCAAACGUCUCAGAGUCCUACCUCAAGCGUAAUCCCGAAGGCAAAGCUGUGAUAUGUAUUCCUAUUAUCCACUCUGAGCGUCUACUGGGUUCCAUCUACGUCGAGGGGCCGGCAAACUCUUUCACAGAGCGGAAUACACAGGUUCUUCGCCUGCUUGUCAAUCAGAUCUCAAUCUCGUUGGCAAACGCGUUACUUUUCAAGGAAAUUGAACGAGUUAGCGCAAGUAAUGAGGCCAUGUUGGAAAUGCAGAAGCGUGCUCUAGCCCAAGCAAGAGCAGCUGAGAUCAAGGCAAAGGAGGCAGAAGCAAUUGCAAUACGUAAUAUGAAACUCAAAGAGGAGGCUGCGAAGGCUAAGAGUCUCUUCCUUGCCAAUGUUUCUCACGAAUUGAGAACACCCCUGAACGGCGUUAUUGGUAUGUCUGAGCUACUGAAGGCAUCCCCACUUAACGGAGAGCAAGCAGGUUACGCUGAUUCCAUCCGUGUGUGCGCCGACACGCUACUGUCCAUCAUCAACGAUCUUCUUGAUUACUCUAAGCUUGAGGCUGGCAAGAUGAACGUCAUGGAGAUGCCAUUGUCCUUGAACGAAACCAUCACUGAAGUCGUUCGCGCCUUGGCGUAUACGAAUGCUGAGCGUGGUCUGAAGACCAUUGAAGAGCUCUAUCUGGAUCCUGAGAUGCUUGUGAUGGGUGAUCCAGUUCGUCUACACCAAGUUAUGAUGAAUUUACUGUCAAACAGUUAUAAAUUCACGCCCAGAGGUUCUGUGACGGUACGAGCGGUUGUCGAUCAAGAGGCGGAUGAUUGGGUGGACAUUACUUGCAGUGUUAUUGACACAGGCAUUGGCAUACCAGAAGAGCAGAAGAAAAAGUUGUUCCUCCCGUUCUCACAGAUCGAAUCGUCCUCUGCUCGCAGUUACGGUGGCACGGGUCUUGGCCUUAGUAUCUGCAAGGCAUUGAUUGAAAACGUUAUGCACGGCAAAGUCUGGCUAGACAGUGUACCUGGAAAGGGUACGACAGUCUCCUUUGCGUUGCGAUUUCAGAAAGUGCGACGAGAACAAGGCGCCUCAGACCGCCCGAGGACACGUGAGCCGGACCCAAUGGCAAGAUUCUCCAGUCAAGAGAACAACGGUCAUGAACAAUCGUCGGGCAGUUGCAUUGACCUUACCAUGAUACCACGCAACGAACUAAGAAUCUGUAUCGCUGAAGACAAUCUCAUUAAUCAACGUAUUGCGAUCAGCUUCGUCCAAAAGUUAGGGUUCAAGUGCGACGCCUACCUGGACGGUUUCAAGACUAUCGAUGCACUUGAGCGAGCCAGUGAUAAUGGACGGCCGUUCCAUCUCAUCCUAAUGGACGUGCAAAUGCCACACUGUGAUGGCUAUGAAGCAACUCAGCUCAUAAGGAAGCAUCCCAACCCCGAAAUCAGGAACGUUCUCAUCAUCGCCAUGACCGCCUCCGCCAUUGAAGGGGACCGCGAAAAGUGCUUGAAUAGCGGGAUGAACAAUUACCUCGCCAAGCCUGUACGCGCGCAAACGCUCAAAGCAAUGCUCGAAUCGUACUUGAAUAAAAACAAUGAAGUCAAAGACGUGCCUGACCUGGCAGCCGAAGCGAAGGAAAUGGUGAAUAUGGCGUUGAACGAGACAGACAAGCCAGCACCAGCCGACACAAGCAACGGGUCAAUAGUAGCCAAGAAAGCUAUGGAAGGGCAAAAUGCAGGAGAGGAUGGAGAAAGCAAAAUCAGAAGUCGGCCACCGAGCGUGAGGAAAAUUACUGCACAGAGAAUUAAACCAAAUGGGGAGAGGGAAGAUGUGCCUUCUCCGUUGAGUGAUGAUGAGGUGGUACCCGAGAGCCAUUGA